AUGGAGGAAAUUGGAAGUAGUUCAUCAAUGGAGUCCAAGAACGUGAGGGUAAUUGGCAUCGACUUAGGUACAACAUACAGUAGAGUAGGAUUUUGGAUCCGAAAUCAAUUACUAACCCAAAAAAUUCCAUCUUGCAUUGCAAUCACUGAUAACACAGAACAACACAUAGUUGGUGAUGAAGCAUUUGAUGGAGUUGACAAGAAUCCAUCAAACACGGUUCUUGAUGUUAAGCGUCUAACUGGGGCAAAAAUUUCAGAUAAUGAUACUCAACUUGACAUUCUUCGUAGCUCAGUUGAAGUAAUUGAAGAUCCAAUAAGCAAGAAUGAUGAAAUUAGUGUCGUUGUUCGAUCUUUUAAUCAACUAAAGAGAUUCUCUGCUGAAGAGCUUUUGUGUAUGAUUUUAAAGAAAUUGAAACAAAUUGCAGAAAAAGGUUUAGGUCUUGAUAAUGGAGAUGUAAUUGUUAAAGCUGUGAUUAGUGUUCCGUCUUGUUAUAAUAAUGCUCAGAGAUUAGCAACUAAACGAGCAGCAACAAUGGAUGGCUUUGAGGAUUCACGUCUUAUUAAUGAAACUACAGCAACUGCACUUGCUUAUGGAUGGCUUAAGAAGAAGAAGAAAUCUGUAGCAGGUGAUACUCAUCUUGGUGUCGAAUUCCAAAACAAAAAAGCAAUCCCAUUGAGGGUUUCUGUAACACCAAAUGCAUUUUCUAAGGAAUGCAAGGAAUUGUUUGAUAGAUGUGAGGAAGUAGUUGACCAGUGUGUUCAAAAUUCUAAGAUUUAUCAGUUUCAUGAAGUUAUUCUUGUUGGUGGAAGUACUAGAAUAUGGAGAAUUCAAGAAAUGCUGAGAGAAUUUUGCAGUGAUGAAAAGGGGUUUUGUGAGAUUAAGAAUCCAGAUAUAGCAGUUGUUCAAGGAGCGUCAAUUCAAGCAGCAAUUUGGAGUGGGGAAGCAUUGACUAAUCCGCUGCUGAAAGUGUGGCUAUUUGUUAAUGAACAUAUGUCACAACAAGUACUGCUGGUUCUCAGUCCUAGUCAGGCGGAAAUAGUAAAGGAGGCAAUAGCAGAUGCACGGGCAUGGUUGAAGAAUAAUGAACUGCCAGAAGUAAGAGCUUCUGAGCUUAAAUUGGUUGAACUGCAGGCGACAUGUUAUCUGAUUUUACGUGAGAGAAGAGGCCCCAACUGA